UAGCUGCAUGAAAUUGCCUUGUUUUAUUGAAUAUACAGAGACUAGUUUAUGGUUCCAAAGUUUCCAGGUGUUUGAAUUGAAAGAAAGAAUGGAUGCCUUGAAAACGGCUGCUCAAAAUGGCGAUUUGAACAUGCUAUACUAUUUAAUUUACAAUAAUCCAUCUCUACUUGACAUCGAUGAGGUAACAUUUUUCGAUACUCCUUUGCAUAUAGCAGCUGAGCAUGGAAAGGUCGAAUUUGCAAAAGAGAUAAUGAAUUUGAAACCAUCAUUUGCUCGGAUGCUAAAUCAAAGUUUAUAUAGUCCCAUGCACCUUGCCUUGUACAACAAGCAAAUCAAUAUGGUUCAUCUAUUUCUAGAAUGCGAAGCGCGUGAUCAUCUUGUUCGCAUUCAAGGAAGGCAUGGUGAAACUCCUUUGCAUUAUCUGGCUGCAAAAGAAAACGAUGUGGAUCAUCAACAACAAAAGAUUCAUCUCUUACUGAAAUUCGUGUCGGUUUGUCCACAAAGUAUCCAAGAUACGAAUAAUCGAAAGGAAACAGCCUUUCAUAUCGCUGUUAAGUCUGAAAAUGAUGAUGCUUUUGAUUUCUUACUAGGCGGACUGCGAAGAGCUUGCCAUAAAGGCUCUGAAAUGGAUGAGAGGAAAAUUAUAAACUUGAAGGAUGCCAAUGGGGACAAUGUACUACACAUUGCUACCGCUAUGAAUCAAUCCCAAGUGGUGAGAAUAUUAUUGGAAGAUAGUAAAAUCAAUGUAAACGCAAAGGAUUCAAGGGGUUUGACUGCUCUAGAUAUCUCAUUUGAAAAUACAUCAAAUUCACUCAACACAGAAGUCAGAGAAAGACUACUUGCAGCUGGAGCUUUAAGAGCUGAGUCCCUUCCAAAAGUCUCCAGCUCCAUGGAUCACUUGAGGUCUAAGGUGGCAUUGACAGAACAAAUUGCCAUAAUUUUGAUUCGUUUGAAAAACGACACAAAGAAUGAAUCACUACGCAAUUUGGUCCUAGUGAUUUGUGGAACGAUUGCAACAUUCACAUUCCAGGCUGCACUAAGUCCCCCUGGAGGAGUUUGGCAAGAUGGCAACAACAACAAUAUUAACACUCAUCGCCCUGGGACGGUGAUAAUGAGGACUCCAAAUUUCUUCCCUCUAUAUGUUUGCAACAGCAUCACAUUUUAUAUUACAAUCAUGAUUAUGGCUCUUCUACUCCCUAAUGGGAAUAUUGGUAAGCUGCUGAGAGGGCUUCUCUUUCUCUUUCUUUUGUGCUAUACACUUAGUUUGGGAGUCAUAUGGCCCUACUUUACAGGUGAACCAAUUUUCAUCCCUACUCUUGUUGUGUUACUUUUCUAUGUGCUAGGUAUUUUUGGGUUUUUAAUCCUGCACAAUUGGGAAGUUCAAUUUAUGAAAAAGAUUGAACAUAUUCAGUGA